ACAACUGCAAGCUGGGGGCAAAAUCGUUCUCCAACAGGGCGUAUACGUUAUGGCAAGUUCCAACUGUUUUUAUCAUCCGCUGGAACACGGCCUUUUAUUUAUUUAAUUAGCUCUAGCUAUAGAUAUAGCUUUAGCUUUAGCUUUGGCUUUCGUUGUCUUUGCUGAUAUUACCUGUGGGUGGCAUUAUCGUGUUAGCCCAGUUGACUUCUGGCUUCGUUGCCGAAAGGUAUGGCCAAAAUGUUAAGUUUCUGUCUAAUCGUACUACUGGCUCCUGCUGUUCUGGCCUACUUCGAGGGCUGUGAUAACAGCUAUACCUUGAAUCCGGGUACCACCUACGUGGAGUCACCCUACUAUCCCGGCAAUUAUCCUGGCGGCACAUCCUGUCGCUAUAAGUUUACCGCUCCCUUGGACUAUUACAUUCAAGUGCAAUGCACUAUUGGACUGCCAUCGAAUAAUGGGCAGUGCAACACGGAUAACUUUUGGCUGGACACCGAGGGUGAUCUUCUCAUGCGUGGAGCUGAAAAUUUCUGCGGCUCUGGAACCUUUUCGCGGCAAUCCCUCUUCACGGAAUUGGUUUUCGCUUAUAUUUCCACCGGAACGAAGGGCGGUAACUUCAAGUGCACCUUGACCGCUGUUAAGCAGAACUGCAACUGCGGCUGGUCAGCCACUUCCCGGAUUGCUAAUGGCCAGCAGGCAGCGGACAAUGAAUAUCCCAGCCAUGUGGCUCUUAAGGAUGUGACCAAUAAUCAGGCUUCGUUGUGUGGGGGUACGAUAGUGGCCCAUCGUUAUAUCCUGACUGCUGCCCAUUGUAUUUAUAGUGUCAACAAGGCUACGGACUUAGUAGCCAUUGUGGGAACCAAUAAUUUGGCCAAUCCUUCCAGUUCUAGGUACUAUCAGCAAUAUAACAUCCAGCAGAUGAUACCCCAUGAGCAGUACGUAAGUGAUCCCAAUGUCAACAACGAUAUUGGAGUUCUGAUAACCGCCAGCAAUAUUCAAUGGUCAAGAGGAGUAGGACCCAUCUGUCUGCCGCCAGUGGGAACAACCUCACUAUUCACCUACGAUACAGUCGAUAUUAUUGGCUUUGGUACGAUCUUCUUUGCCGGACCCACAUCCUCGACUCUGCAGAAGAUCAAUGUGAAUGUGGCGACCAAUCAGGAUUGCCAGACGGAGUACAAAAAUGUAGCCACGAUAUACUCUGGCGAAAUGUGCACUUAUGAUUAUUCAGGAACUGGACGGGAUUCCUGUCAAUUCGAUUCCGGUGGUCCAGUUAUCCUGCGAAAGUCCAAACAGUUCCUGGUGGGAAUUAUCAGCUUCGGAAAGAGCUGCGCCGAAUCACAGUAUCCGAUGGGUGUGAAUACCAGGGUAACGUCGUAUUUAACUUGGAUACAUCAGAAGAUCGGCUAUUCCAACUGUGAUGUCAGCAUGUAAAGGAAAUAAAAGAUUUGUUUAAUAA